CUCGAUUCAAACGAUCUCCCCAACAUCCGAGCACGACCUCGUUCACCGACCACCACGACACAUCAAGAUGGGUAUUGCUCGUGAUUCGCGCCACAAGCGCUCGGCAUCUGGUGCCCGAAGGGCCCAGUACAGGAAGAAGAGAAAGUUCGAGCUCGGUCGUCAACCCGCCAUGACCAAGUUGGGUCCCAAGAGGAUUCACGAGGUCCGUGUCAGGGGAGGAAACACCAAGCACCGAGCCAUGCGAUUGGACUCCGGUAACUUCGCUUGGGGUUCCGAGCACGUCACCAGGAAGACCAGGGUUAUCGACGUCGUUUACAACUCGACCAACAACGAGUUGCUCCGAACCAAGACCUUGGUUAAGGGUGCCAUCAUCGAGAUCGAUGCUACUCCCUUCCGACAGUGGUACGAGGCUCACUACGCCACCCCUCUCGGUCGAUCCAAGACCGCCGAGGCUACUACCGGCGAGGGCGAGACCAAGCAGUCCAACCACGUUCAGCGAAUCUUGACCGAGAGGAAGAAGGACGCCGCUUUGGACCCCGCUUUGGCCAAGCAGAUCAGGACCGGUACCCUUUACGCUUCCAUCUCUUCCAGGCCUGGACAGAGCGGACGAUGUGACGGAUACGUCUUGGAGGGCAAGGAGUUGGACUUCUACUUGAAGAAGCUCUCCCUCAAGAAGAAGUAAACGUCUUCCUGAUCCCUCCGGCACUGGCUCGGCACUGGCAAAUUUCAUUUCUUUCUCGCAACGUUGUCAGAGUCGGAUUCGUGUCAAAGAGGUCGAGAAUGUUUUGGGAUGUAUACGAUUCAUGAACGGACAAAUUCUGCCCGGGAUGCGUCUACUAUCUCAUUGCGUUUUCAUGGAACGAUGAGCUGUUGAUGAGGUGUUUCUGUUUGCGAAUCCGAUGGUACCCUUCAACUGC